CUUCUUAUAAUAAUUAAAGCAUCCAUCUCAACCAAAAAACAUUACAAAGGGAAUUAACUAAACAAACUCUGCUCUCUCUCUCUCUUAUUUUGCUUACCCUGAGCCGCCGCCGCAGCUUCACCACCACCGUCGUCUCCGCCGCUUCACCACCGCAAUGGGGAAAGGCGGGGCGCUAAGCGAAAGCGUGAUAAAGAAGAUCCUUCUCUCGUACAGCUACGUAGCGAUAUGGAUCUUCCUAAGCUUCACAGUAAUCGUGUACAACAAAUACAUCCUCGACAAGAAGAUGUACAACUGGCCAUUCCCGAUCUCACUCACAAUGAUCCACAUGUCGUUUUGCUCAACCCUAGCUUUCCUCAUCAUCAAGGUUUUCAAAUUCGUCGAGCCUGUCUCAAUGUCUCGCGACACUUACCUUAGAUCCGUCGUCCCGAUCGGCGCACUCUACGCUCUCUCCCUAUGGCUAUCGAACUCUGCUUACAUUUACCUCUCAGUCUCCUUCAUACAGAUGCUUAAAGCUCUGAUGCCUGUAGCUGUUUACUCCAUCGGUGUUCUCUUCAAGAAGGAAGGUUUUAAAUCUGACACUAUGAUGAACAUGCUCUCGAUCUCGUUUGGUGUUGCGAUUGCUGCUUAUGGUGAAGCUAGGUUUGAUGUUUGGGGUGUGGUGCUUCAGCUUGGUGCCGUUGCUUUUGAAGCGACUCGUUUGGUUUUGAUUCAGAUCUUGCUUACUUCUAAAGGGAUCACUCUUAACCCCAUCACUUCGCUUUAUUACGUUGCUCCUUGUUGUUUGGCUUUCUUGUUUAUUCCUUGGAUCUACGUUGAGUUCCCUGUUCUUAGAGAUACCUCUAGCUUCCAUUUCGAUUACGCUAUCUUUGGAGCUAAUUCGUUCUGUGCGUUUGCUUUGAAUCUUGCUGUGUUUCUUUUGGUUGGGAAGACCUCUGCUUUGACUAUGAAUGUUGCUGGUGUGGUUAAGGAUUGGCUCUUGAUUGCUUUCUCUUGGUCUGUGAUUAAGGAUACUGUGACUCCUAUUAACCUUUUUGGGUACGGGAUUGCGUUUUUGGGGGUUGCGUAUUACAACCAUGCGAAAUUGCAGGCCUUGAAGGCUAAAGAGGCUCAGAAGAAGAUUCAGCAAGCUGAUGAGGAGGGUGGUCGGUUGCUUGAAGAGAGGGAAGGUGAUGGUGAAGGUAAGAAGAAUGAGUCUGGGAAUUAAAAUGAAGAACAAGAAGAUUGGAAUUUAGCAACAUUACACAGAAUUGGGUGGGAAUGAGAACAUGGAAGAAGAUUAUAUGAUUUGGAUGAUCUGAGGUUGCUUUUGAUCAAUUGGUGAAGCUCAUAGGUAGUGAAGUCAGAAUCUUUUUAUUGUUUUCGUCUUUGUUUUUUUUUUUUUUUUGGGGAGUUUUCUUUAUCUUUUCGUAUUUGUUUUCUUCAUGUUUAUUUAUGAGUACAAUGGUGUUACUAAACCCUCUGUUUAUGGAUUUUUCCUACUACUUAUUUAACCAUACUGAGAUUAUUGAACGUUUCAGCAUACU